AACAGCAUUAAUUCAGUUUUAUACAGACGUAGCAGUGAACGGACGUCACAAUGAAAAUUAUUUUAAUUUUAUUCGGUUUGUUUUCAACGGGCUAUUGCAAAGUUGAAUUCAGUGAUAGAGCGAGGAAUUUCAGUAUUGAACUGUUAUACUAUACAGCCGAAGAGACAAACUGGCACACUGUUAUAUCACCUUUUGGGGUAUGGUCACUUUUGACAGCUGUCACAUUAGGAGCGACGGGGUCCAGCCGUGACCAACUUGUUAGAACUCUGAUACUUCCUAAGAAGAAAGAAAACAUAAUCAACGGAUAUCAAUCGUUAACCUCGGCUGUACUUAAAUCUGAAGCUGGUGCAGUGGAAUUGAAGAAUAGAAACUAUUUAUUUGGCGACAGUGAUUUCUUAAUAAAGUCAGAUUUUAUAAAGGACAUACGAAACAAAUUCAAAGCGAUACUAACGAAGCUUAACUUUAAACCUAAAGAGACGGCGGCGAAGCUAGCAAAUGAGGUUAUUAAGAAGAAAGGUGUGGCAGUUUCGAACGUGCUACAGCCUGAUGAUUUCGAAAAUUCCAGAAUGAUAUUAACCAACGUUAUAACUUUCAAAGGUUUUUGGCAAUCGCCCUUCAAUGCUUCAUUAACAAAUGUAGCGCCAUUUUACGAUGAAAAUAAUAACCAAAUAGGCGAAGUCAAUAUGAUGAAUCAAGAAGGAAGUUUCUCAUAUUCCAGUUUUGAAAACAUCGAGGGCUCAGUGCUUGAAUUACCGUACGGUGUUGAUGAGAUCAACAAAUACUCAUUUUUAGCUAUUCUACCAUAUAAAGGCGUCAAAGUAUCUAGUGUUUACAAAAAAUUGUCUAAAGUAAAUCUCAAAGAUGUAAUGCUUAAAUUGCAAACCGACAAUGAUUUGUAUGGAACUACAGAGGUAGUGGUCAAUUUGCCUAGGUUUAAAAUUAGUACUAACGUGAUUUUAAACCGUCCAUUAAAUAAGAUGGGACUGGUUGAUAUUUUCGAUCCUAGUUCAGCCAACUUUAAUGCAAUAACUAAUUCAGAGAUAUUUGUAUCAUCAAUUGUUCACAAAGCUGAUAUUGAAGUAACAGAAACGGGAACGAUAGCGUCAGCUUCAACAUCAUCGCAAUUCUCCGAUAGAAUGAUGCCGGUUAAUUUCAACGCAAACAGACCAUUCAUAUAUUUAAUUCUAGAAAAAUCAACAAACACUGUAAUAUUCAGUGGUAUUUACUCAAAGCCAUCUAAAUUUUAAAAUAUAUUUAUAAUAAUAAUCAGACCUUUUCGAGACUGACUCAUAUUGCAUUUAGUAUUUAUCUACUAAGCUAUUAUAAUAUUUAGCUGUUGCCAUGCGCUUUCAUUCGCAUUAUAGAACUUUAUUUUAUUUUAUUGUUUAUUUAUUUACAUUCAGUUAAACUCUCAUUUGCAAAUCAAAGCUCUUUGCUAUUGGCUUAUGGUUUUUGUUCCUUUUCUGUAUAACAUUUUAUGCAAUUUAAUUUAGUUUAAAUGAAAUUCCGUUAAUAUAGUAGAUAGUCGUGUGAUUUUUAUUAAAAAAAUAUCACAUUACGCUGUGAUUGCUGAU